GGUGCAAGUAAAAGUUCAAGGGUGUCGACAACAUAAGCCCAUCCAUAGCUGUUGUUCAUACAUAAAUCUCGGAACAACAGCCAAGAUGAAGCCGAGGAGAUUUCACGGUCUAAGAAGACCGAAACUCCGGCAAAGCUGGAAUAAAUACAACCUCUAUAACAUCGCUCGGCUUAGGGACCCCAGGGUCGAUGUCGCCCCCAUAACUUUCUUCCAGCAAAAAUGGAGGGCCAAGGGUUUAUUACGAGGUUACCACGGCGAGCACGUCGUCGAGCGCAAAUGGGUGCGCAUGUUCAGUCGACGCUUGCUGGGUGUCACUGAUAUGGACACCAAAUAUAUGGCCAAGUACGACGGUUCCGAGCUAGCCUCCGGUAGAGGAUCCGGGAAGGAUACGAAACCGAAUUGGGAUAAUCGGAGGGUAAAGGAGCGUACCUUGACGCCUUACAUGCAGAUGACGUUCGCACCUAUGGAGAGGAGGUUAGAUAUUGCGGUUUUCAGAGCUAUGUUUGCAAGUAGUACAAGGCAGGCCAGGCAGUUCUGUGUCCACGGCGCUGUGAAGGUCAAUGGCAAAGUUAUGCCAUACCCCGCCUACCGUCUAAACCCCGGCGACAUGUUCUCAGUCGAGCCCGAACGAGUUCUACACGCAACCGGCGCCCCCAAAAUCGACCCCAACAAAAUAAAACCGAAUAAAAAGCGCGCGAAGGCCAAAGCGGAAGGGAAGGAAGUCGUAGAGGCGGGCGCAACAAAAGCCGCCGAAGAAGAAGAUGCCGAAGCUCAACCCGAGGAAGCAGAGGCAGCCGAGCAAGAUCCAGACACAACAGACGCGCCGGAGCCUGUCAAGCAAGAUAUGACAUUGACAAAGCAAAAAAUCAAGGAGCUCAUAGCAAAAGCCAAAUCUACCCUAGAGAACGAACAGCUUAGCGGGUCACAGAAGCAGGAAAUACGGAAAAUCGUCAAGCAAAUGAAACCCCUCCUCUCGCGCGCCGGCCGUGAUAGCGCGGAUCCUCAACAGAUCACUGAUGAAUUGACGAACCUCUUCUCCGAGCUUCAACUCACUAGAGAGUCUACGACCACAGCCGAACGGCAAGAAAUGUCAUCAGAGGAUGCCCUCUCGAUUCUCACCGAUAGCCAGCUUAAGCAAAUAUCCGAAAAUAUGGCCCAGGUCCUACGUACCGAGCAGGAGAACCCUUACGAUCCUAGCAAGCCGUAUAGAACGCCCUGGCAACCCCGUCCAUACAUGGGGCCUUUCGCCUUCAUACCCAAGUACCUGGAGGUCAACCAGAAUAUCUGCUCUGCCGUCUACCUGCGCCAUCCCGUUGCUAGGGUUGGCUAUGCUGAGGUGCCCACGCCCUUCGCUUCGCCUGUUAGUCAACUGGCUUUCAACUGGUAUCUAAGACGGAGGUAAACUAAUCACUACGGAUGGUGGUUUCUGCUACGUCUGGGUUCUCGUAUGGAGGGAGAGGAUAUACGGUCACGAUCAGGUAAUGAAAAGCCAUCUACCGAGCAAGGCGGGAGCGCUUUGGGUUAUAGAAAAGCCUACAAUCUAGCACUAUACCCAGUUUAGCUUACAAGACUACUCCGGGGUGGCGAGAAGGCAUAAGGGCAAAGACCCUUCUCUGUGUAUAUACAGCAGGUAUAUAGAGACAACAUGUACAAUAAUGAUGUAUACCAUCACAAUCAAAAGUUUACGUGAGCAA